AUGGAAGAGGCGGAAGAGAUUGGGGUGGGAGAAGGUCAGACUGUGGAGGUCACUGGUGGGGAGGUGAAUACUGACCAAGAUAUGGGAGAGGUUUCGGAGGAGGAAUUGGGUAAUGAGGGUGUGGAGGGCGCCCAGACUGCCUCAGUCAAGGUCAAUGUGAGUGACAAGGGAAGGAAGGGGAAAGCUGUGGUGCUGCGGGGUGUAUGUGCAAAGAAACGUAAUGCGGCACUGUUGUUGUCUCCGAGGACUCGUCCUCCGCAGGGUUCUGUAAUGGGUACUGGUGAACAAGCCUCUAAGGCCCAGGAAGGUGUCAAGGGAGGCCCAGAGUUUCCCUAUUUGGGGGAUUGUCUCUCCUGGCGUGGGUGGCGGGACAAAAAACCGAUAAGAUGUCGUUUAGACAGGGCUUUGGGAAAUGAGGACUGGCAUGAUUUAUUUCCGGAUACAAUCACGGAAUACUUGCCCAGGGUUGCCUCCGAUCAUAUGCCUCUACUUGGUUGUAUUGGGGCCAAACGGCCGAGGGGACGGCGGAACUUUAUGUUCGACCGUCGUUGGGUCGGUAAGGAGGGGCUUAUGGAGGCAAUUUCCUCAGGAUGGGGUGCACCACCGGUCCGGGGGUCACCGAGUUUUGUUAACAAGGUGGUUAGUUGUAGGAGAGCGAUUUCCUGUUGGCGGAAAGAACAGGCACCAUAUGGUAGGGUGUUAAUCGAGGAUAUUAAAAAGGAACUGGAGGCGGCCCACGCUGAUGAUACAACAUCCCCUAAGGUAAUCGCUGAGUUAACGGGUCGCCUGAGGGAGGCAUAUAAGGAUGAGGAGAUGCAUUGGUAUUUGAAAAGUAGAAACCGGUGGAUGCGGGUGGGUGACAAGAAUACUAAGUAUUUUCACGCCCAAACCAAACAAAGGCGGGCUCGUAAUAGGAUUGUCGGUCUUUACGACAAGCAUGAUGUUUGGUCUACGGAUGACGUAACGGUUAAAGAAACCGCGGUAUCAUAUUUUGGCGACCUGUUUUCCACUAUCAAUCCGUCAAGUUUUGACGAAGUUUUGUUGGAGGUCAAAUCCGUUAUUACGGCAGUGGAUAAUGAACGAUUAACGGCUCCGGCAACGGAGGCGGAAGUCAGAAAGGCGUUAUUUAUGAUGCAUCCAGAUAAAGCUCCGGGCCCUGAUGGAAUGACUGCUUUGUUUUUCCAGAAGGCAUGGGAAGUGGUCAAGACAGAUCUGGUUUCUCUGGUUAAUAGUUUCUUUGAGGAAAACGCCUUCGAGUCAGGGUUGAAUCAGACACAUAUAUGCCUGAUUCCCAAGGUCACAAAACCGACCCGAAUGGCGGAGUUACGUCCGAUUAGUUUAUGCAAUGUGGGAUACAAGGUUCUAUCAAAGGUUUUGUGUAAUCGUUUGAAGACGAUUUUACCUCGUUUAAUCUCAGAAACUCAGUCUGCCUUUGUUCCUGGUCGUUUGAUCUCAGAUAACAUUCUGAUUGCUCAAGAGAUGUUUCAUGGUUUGCGGACUAAUAACUCUUGUAAGGGAAAGUUUAUGGCAAUUAAGACGGAUAUGAGUAAGGCAUAUGAUAGAGUGGAGUGGGGUUUUCUUGGGGCUUUAUUUCGCCGAAUGGGUUUUGCGGAAAAAUGGAUUUCAUGGAUAAUGUUAUGUGUCUCCUCGGUUCAGUAUCAAGUUUUAGUUAAUGGGCAGCCACAUGGUCAGAUUAUACCUGAGAGAGGAUUACGGCAGGGGGAUCCCCUAUCUCCUUACCUGUUUAUUCUCUGCACGGAGGUUCUAAUAGCGAAUAUUCGAAAAGCGGAAGUGGAUAAGCGGAUCACGGGGAUUAAGGUGGCCAACAAGUGUCCCCCUAUAACGCAUUUGUUGUUUGCAGAUGAUAGUCUCUUCUUCUUCAAGGUAUAUAAGGAUCAGUGUGGAGUUGUUUUGGAUAUUUUAAAGCAGUAUGAGGCUGCUUCUGGACAGCAGAUAAAUUUUGCAAAGUCUUCACUCCAAUUUGGACAUACGGUUGAUGAUCCAGCUAGAUUGGAGAUGCAGGGGAUUCUGGGAAUUUCCAAUCUGGGUGGGAUGGGUUCAUAUUUAGGUAUACCAGAGAGUUUGGGGGGGUCUAAGACGAAGGUCGUCUCUUUUGUUCGGGAUAGGUUACAGAGCCGCACAACUGGUUGGACGGCCAGAUUGUUAUCAAAAGGGGGCAAAGAGGUUAUGGUUAAGUCAGUUGCGACUGCUGUCCCGAGUUUUGUGAUGUCUUGUUAUCGUUUACCGAAAACAAUCACGUCCAAAUUAACAAGUGCAGUUGCUAAUUUUUGGUGGAGUACCUCCGGUCAGAGGGGGUUAUGGCGACUGAUUGAGUUCCCGGACUCUCUGUUUGCCAGAGUUUUUAAAAGUAGGUACUACCGGAAUUCGAAUCCGAUGGAACCAUUGCGGUUCUACUCCCCUUCCUAUGGAUGGAGGAGUAUUGUCUCUGCUCGCUCUUUGGUGAAUAUAGGGCUUAUUAAACGGGUUGGCUCGGGAGAUACCAUUGAUAUAUGGUCAGAUCCCUGGAUUCCAGCCCAAUCCCCAAGACCAGCAUUACAAAACGGGUCUCCUGUAGAUCCUAAUCUUUCCUUAUCUCAUUUUAUUGAUCCUUCCACGCGCACUUGGCGACGGGAUCGCCUUAUCGAGCAUUUCGAUUCUGUCGAUGUUCCUUUGAUACAGGCAAUUCCUCUCAGUAGUUAUCCGAAAGGGGAUUCCUUGGGGUGGCAUUUUACAAAGUCUGGCAGAUAUUCGGUUAAAUCAGGGUAUGACACAGUGCGACUGGGUGUUCCCAGCUUUUUCAAAGCAUUUGGGUCGGGGCCGGAUAUUACCACUCUCCUUGCCGGGGUUUGGCAAGUGCGGUGUCCACCAAAAUUAAAGCAUUUCAUGUGGCAAGCUCUUACUGGUUGUAUUUCUGUUUCGGCGAAUCUGAGACGGCGUGGUGUUGCAUGUGAUGUUGGUUGUUCGAGGUGCGGGGCGGAGGAAGAAACUGUUAACCAUGUUCUUUUUCUUUGUCCUCCUGCACGUCAGGCCUGGGCUCAGGCUCAUGUACCGGUGGGUCCGCAGCAUUUUCCGACAGAGUCAGUUUAUGCUAAUGUGGAUCACUUUAUAGGACGGAACAACCCGGGUUCACAGGUAGAUUUUUUCCCUUGGCUUAUGUGGUAUAUUUGGAAAGCACGCAAUGCCAAGGUUUUUGAAAACCGUACGGAACACCCUGAUGAGGUAGUACGGUUGGCCGAAGGGGAGGCGGCCUCUUGGUUUCUGGCUCAGACAGAGGAGGGGGAUUUCGUGGGACCGUCACCUCCUUCCUUUUCUGCUCGGACGCCUCGUGGAUGUCCCAAUUCCCUUUCUUCGGUGUUUUCUGGAUAUCGAUGUUUUGUUGACGGCUCUUGGAAAUAG